CUUGGCGCGGCUGCUGUCGCGCGCUUUGGAGGCUGGGUGAUGGGCGUCGCUCUAGGUGUCGCCUCGUUUCGAGGUCCAGUUGCACUUCCGCGCGAUGGAGACCGGAUGCUGGGUGCUGGGCGGCGAAUUUGAGGACUCGGUGUUCGAGCAGAGGCCGGAGCGCCGGCCCGAGCCGCCCUCCCCCUACCGCGCCAAGCUCUGCGAGCCGCAGUGGUUUUAUGAAGAGACAGAAUGUAGUGACGAUAUUGAAGUUCUCACUCUCAAGAAAUUCAGAGGGGACCUGGCCUACAGACGACAGGAAUACGAGAAAGCCCUGCAGGAAUACUCCAGUAUCUCCGAACAGUUACCAUCUACUAAUUUUGCCAUGAAAAGGGAUGUCCAAGAAGGCCAGGCUCGGUGUCUGGCUCACCUUGGGAGGCAUGAGGAGGCGCUGGAGAUGGCAGCAGACCUGGAAAGCAAAGCCACCAACACAGACCAUCUGACCGUGGUGCUCCACCUCCACCUGGCCGUCUUUUCCAGCCUGCAGAGCCGGGAGCACACGAUCCUCUGCCUGCACAAGCUGAUUGCUUUGCACCCGCUCAACCCGUGGAGCUGGUGUAAGCUGGCAGAGGCAUACCUGAGUCCAGGGCCCGGCCUGCCAGCAGGCGUGUCACCGCAGGGACAGAAGAGUUCUGCCUCAAGUGACAAGGCCGUCGGUCCCUCCUCUGUACACUCGGGAACAGGCUCUCUUUUGUCUUUGCCCACGACCUUGCCUGAGAAUGCACUGCUCUCCGUGGAAGCGAGUGGUAGUGCUCAGGAGAAUAUGCCUUCCCUGGCAAGGCGGAGGGAAGAGGCACAGAUGGAGGCUCGGAGGAAAGCAUGCGCCUCUCUGCUCCGCGCCAGGCUCCUGCUUCAGCUCGCCCAGUCUCAGCAAACAUCAUUCGCGUUGGAGAAGAACUUGAGGACUCAGCAGGAAAUUGCAGGGAAAGUGAAGGACUUCAACUUUAGGGAAGAUACUUUGCUGUUGAUGGAGGAGGCUAUGGGGGAAGACAUUGUCCCAGAAAAGAUAAAAGAGGAGCUUCAUUCGGAGGUGAAGUGUGUGGGCCCCGGAGCCCUGACUGCCAUGGUGGUUGCGUCCUCCAAAGAGUUUGAAGACAAGUGGUUCAGAAAGAUCAAAGACCAUUUCUGUCCCUUGGGAAAUCAGUUCCACGUGGAGGUUGAGAUCAUCGCUUAGGAAACCAAUCCCGAACCUGAAUAUCCUUGUUUACUUAGAUCUGUGCAAUCAUGGAAAGCUCAAAUAAAGAGGAUUCUUUAUAUUGUUUAUACAAAA